AGGCCCAAUCGUGAGGGGUGUGUCUCCAUUUGUUCAAAUGGCUUCCUGAGCCCUGUCCAUCCCUGUCCCUUUGUGAUUGUCUAGGGAGCUCUCCUGGUUCUGCUAGCUCAUCUGUCUUUUGUUUCUUCUCAGAUACAUGAUGCUAAUUAAUAGAAGCUGAAUCAUUUUGUACCAAGUAACAAAAAAAUACUCCAAGCAGUCUUCAGCUCCUCCAUACUCUGAAAUGUGUGGAGUCAUACAAGGUUCGGCAGUGUGUUCCCGAGUCUCAACAUGGCGGUGAAACGGCGGGAGCAGGCUUUGCAGGACUACAGAAGGCUGCAAGCCAAGGUGGAGAAGUACGAGGAGAAGGAGAAGACGGGACCGGUGCUGGCCAAACUCCACCAGGCCCGAGAAGAGCUUAGGCCGGUGCGGGACGACUUUGAGGCUAAGAACAAGCAGCUCCUGGAUGAGAUGCCACGCUUCUACAACAGCCGACUGGACUACUUCCAGCCCAGCUUUGAGUCCCUGAUCAGAGCACAGGUCGUGUACUACUCAGAAAUGCACAAGAUCUUUGGAGACUUGACCCAGCAGCUCGACCAGCCUGGCUGCCCCGACGAGCAGCGGGAGCGGGAGAACGAGGCCAGGCUGAGCGAGCUCCGAGCCCUCUCCAUAGUGGCCGAUGACUGAGCCUGGCGAAGACUUUGGGACACAAGCAGCCUCCCUCCUCUGCCCUUUACAAAAGCUCGGGCAUCAUCCAGCAGAGGGCCCCUCCCCGGGAGAAGUAUGGGGACCGCGGUGUUCCCCCCCCCACCCCAGCCCCCGGGAAAGCGUGACACCAGGAGCCCUAGCAGGCUGCCGUCUCCCCACCCCGGCGCAGCGGAGACCGGCAGCCAGGUAAGCAGUGCAGACUGUCUGUUCCUGAAGAACCGUCCAAAGUGCCUCCUGGCCUCGGGCCAGAGCCUGGACUGUCCGCUCCCUAGAGGUGUCAGCCUGGCUGCACAGUUGGGACCACAUCUACCUCCAGAAGGGCUCCCCUGGGAGUCCCCCCACCGAUGCUGCCUUUUCACCUGACUCACCUUUUCUGGGAGAGGCUGUGACACUGCCCUGGAGUGUCUCCUGGCCCCAAGAGCCCCUCACCCCAGUCUCCCAGUACUCAGCCUCAGCCCACUUCUAGCUUUUGGGUCACCUGCAGGGGAGGCUCCUAGUCUUACAGCUGCCGUAGAAGCUGGGACUCAAACGUGUGUAAAUAUCCUACCACACUAAACGUCACCGACCAAGUCACGGGCCUCAGAGCAAUAGUGGGUUUAUGUCUCACCUAGUUAUUUGGAAUUUUAUUUUUCCAAGUAAAAUUUUCAAUGAAAUGUCCAUA